AUCGAGCGUUUCUCCCCGACUCAUUGGUGCAAGUUACCGUGCACCACACUGUGGCAUUUUCGCCACAGAGACAGAAAAUAACAUGAAAACGUCGCAGGGAACUACAGUAAUUAAAGUUAGGUGUGAUGAGUGAAAAGAACGCAAGACGGCCGCUUACAAUUUCAAACUUAGGACAAAAUGAAUGCGAGUUGGUGCUCCUCUCACUUGAACGCCCCUCCUAAAAGGUGACGUAACACAUGCAAGUCUAUUUAAUGUCCAGGAGAGGGCAGUGUUGUCUACAUUUAUAAUCACCCCCGUCUAAAGGCCAAUCAAAGACAAAAAUAAGAACAUACAUCAUUAACGGGGAAACUUUGAUAUCAAAUCUGCUAGAUCAUGCUGCAUUUGCUUGUCAACUUAAUUCUUGCACACUAACAAACUUUUGAAGCCAUAUUUUAAAUACAUUCCAGAGUGGCUCACAGUAGUGUGCCUUAUUAUCGCGCCCCAUGCGUGCACGCGUAACAAAUGAAUGUGACACGCUCUUGUGAGCUCUGGAUGGUUGGUGGGCUGGUGGUGAGAGAUUCCAGCCCGGCUAGAGUGAUGCCUCCCUCGGCCUAUGGCAGCGCAACAAAGGCGGGGAGGAGUUGCGACGGUGUGGUAACUUUCCGAGAUGACUGAGGACAAAGUUAACGCUCGGCGAGCUUUUUACAAGAAAGGAAACAAGUGAACGUCGGUCAUGUGAUGCCCCACCCGGAAAGACUGCAGAGAACUGCAGGGAAGCGACCGCACUGUAAAGUCCUUGGAACCGAUUGUGCUCUUAUGUUAAAACUGCAGCCCAAGUUUGAUCUGCGCAGAGAUGUGGAAGCUGACAUUCGCACGAAGGAAGCGGCGGUGUGCAGGGUGAAAGACUACUCUGGAGCGCUGGACAUUUCAAUCCUCAACACUGAGAGAGAUGGGGGCAUCCUUUACUCCUGGGAGGGAUCAACUGGAACCACCAGAGUGGGGAAAUACGACGGGAAUACUAAGACGAAUAAGCUCCUGUACUCCUUUGACAAGCAGGUUUGUGUCAGCAGCUGCUCCCUAAACAAGGAGGAGACAUUGUUAGCUGUUAGCUUGGCGCAAAACACCCAUGGAGAGGAGCACCUCAAACCAAUGUCCGAGUGCUUGACGCUCCUGAUUGAGAUCCAUCCAAUCAACAACACCAAGGUGUUAAAGGCGGUGGACUGCAGGGUCAAAGUGCAGUUCCUCCAUCCUGAAAGUGAGCGCAGAUCAGUGCACGAGAGCCACCUGCUGCUGUUGACUGAAGAUGGAUAUGUGGAUCAGUACCACGUCCUGCUGACCCGACACGAAGGCUACAAAGUGAAAAAUGUCCGCAUCAGCCGUGCGGCGGAUGUUGUCAAAAUCUAAUUUCAAUGCAAACGCGUUUUUUUUUUCCCCCUACAGGACAAGUUCCUGCUGCGAUGUGUGCAGUUCUACGACAACCACAAUUGCGAAACCGUGUUGGCGCUGCCGUUACAACUGCCUGUGAACGCUUUCAGCACCGUCAAGUUUGUGAAUCUCGGAUUUGACCACCAUUACGUGGAGAGGCCGCAGCCUGUCAAGAUGGAAGUAUUCACAAAUCGAUUAGAACGAAGCAUGUGCGUGUGCUACAGUCAGCCUGCUUGCGACAAACCAGAGCUCAUCUAUUCGGUGGUUCUCGUUCACAAAGACUGCAGCAAGACUUUUCGGGUCACUUUGGGGCAGCCGCCACGGGACGCCGUGCAGCCGCAGCCAAUCUUCAUCCCUAUAGGUUACUACAUCGUCGUGUAUCUGCACGCGUGCUUCCUCCACUGCAUCAAUACCAGGCAGCAGGAGAUGCUCUGCCACUCCCUCUUCCUGUCUGGAGACGACGCCGACUUGGGCCUCGCGUCCAAGUCCGGAACGUUCACGGUACUGCACGCGGAGGAGGAGUCGAGCACGGCCCUGUUGGAUUUGUCAGGCGGGACGAUCCACGGCGCCCAACUCGGCGCUACCCGCCUUCUGCAGAUCCUACGGUCGCGCUCGCCAUCCGGGAGACCGCACAACAUGGCUGACGCUCAACACCUGGCUGCCCUUCACUGCCUGCUUCUUCACAGCGGAAAUGACCCAAACGUGGAGGCGCAGAUUAUCGAGUGGCUGUGCGACAACAUCAAAGUCCGAGACUCCUUUGACCAGAUCCAGGAGUUCAUUCUAGCAUCUUUAUACAGACUAAGCUACCAAAGGUCCCUCAGCCUGGAUAAGCUGCUGCCUUGCUCAACGGUAUUCGACAUGAAGGAGGUGCCAGCGUGCCUGACGGAGAUCCCCGGUGUGCUGUGCACCACUCAGCUGCAUACCGAGUGCGUCUUUAAAGGGAAGGCCAGGAGUCUCCCGGGCUUCUGGUCAGAGCUGCAGUGGAACGCGGAGAGGACAACGUAUUUUGAGGUGGAUCCCGAGCCCAGAUACAGGACCUCGCAUGUUCAAGCCUACUGGAGCAAACUUAUGACUGAGAAACCGUCCGGCCACAUGACUCACAUGUUGGAGAACGCGAAGAAGGUCCUUGGUUUGGUGGACGCUCGGCAUUUCGGUAAGACAGACUCACCUCGCCACACUUAUCUUUGCGCAAACAUGGAGGGGAGGAAUAAAAAAGGGGGGGGGCCCUACCUUAGACUUGGGAAGUGUGCCGUUUUUUUCAUCCCAACGUUUCUCCCGUCGCCUCCAGACAGGAAGCUGGUGCCACUUUUCCAAGAGGAGGAUCACCACCAGAGGCUGCUCAUAGGCCUGACGGCGGAGAUGCUAAGGGAGCAUCUGAACACGCAUCUGCCUCGCCUGGGCAAGAAGAAGAUCGAUUCCCUGGUUAUCGACUAUGUCGCCAAACUGCUGGAGCUGAUUAGACACAUGCUGGAGUCAGUCUGGCUGAAGCACAAGCUGGGCCCUCAUGUUCUGUGCUUCACGCAGCGGGCCGGUCCGGGCGAGUGGGCUGUGUUUCACUUCAUGCUUCGGAUCCUGGAAGCCACCGGGGGUCUCUGCAUGCCGCUCCCACCUGGCUAUCACACUCUGCUAGCGGCAUUGGCUUUGCGCUGCCUACCCCAACGCACUUUCCUACAAUACGUGGACCAUCGCUUCCUCCGGCUCACGGACACCUUUGUGUCAAGACUCAUGACAGAUUUGGACAACAGCGCCGCCAACGAGAGACUCAAGUUCGGCGUAUUGAAGCGACUUCCCGAGGCCAACAGAUUCUACCAUAUGUGGGAUCAUCCCGUCAGUUCGGCUUCCAUCUCCAGAGAUUACGUCAGGAAUCUGCUGGGGAGACGCAACAAAAACAAAGGAUUUGCUUUCACCGGCAGAGACAAAGCAGACUUCGGAACAGAGUUCCUGCCUCUGACGUACCUGGCCAAAGUACUUUCUGACAUCGAGGAGCAAGCUCUGAACCCGUUCGGGGAGCGGGAGAACGUGGACGCCGCAUUUGUGGAGGAGACCGCUCUGAAACAGACACUCAUUCUGCUGGGCUUUGAGACAAAAUGAACCCUGCCGCAAAAAUAAAUGAAUAACAAUAAAGGACAGAUGGGGAGGGAGACAACGCGUAGAUUGAUGGGAGACAAGGAGCAAUGAUGAAUAACGAGAGCGAGGGAGCAAGCAGGGAGAGAUGAAUGGGAAGAUGGAGGCCGCGAGUUGGCAGGAUGAGAGGAUUUUUUUACACGUUUACAUUUUAAUUCAAGUCAAGGAAGCUUUUUUUGUGUGUGUGUGUGUAUGUGUGUGUGUGUUUGUUAAAUCAAAACAACGGUAUAAACAAACCAUCAAAAUCUUUGCACGUCCUCUUACAAUACAUAGUUAGCUGUAGACUGCACAACCUCAUGAGAUCAAAAAUUGAAACCAUUCAAUUCAAUGCAAAUUGCGCUGCUCCUCCUGGUGUGUGCGCUUGGGCAGAACAGUCAUUCUUCGCAGGGGAUAAAGAAUACAUGCCCAGUUUUGUUUUCAUCUAUGUAUAUUUGUUAGCCCCUAUUUGGCCUUUUAGCUUGUUUGUUACCAUGACGCUAAUCAGACUUAAAGCUACCGGUUUGUUUGUUUUUUUUUCAAGUACACAAUUGUCUGUUUUCAGUUUAGUUUGAGAGUCAACUCACAAAUCAACUGCAAGUGGAAAUAAACAGCCUCAAGAGUUGUUUAUUAUCUGGCAAACCGCUGCGUGUUUGCGAGUUGAUUUGCUCGGACCUCAAUUCACUCAAUCGCUCGGACCUCAAGGCACCGCUGUACCGUACGGACGAAUCAAGCGCACACUUUCUGUAAGUCUUGCUGACGGUAGAGUUUUAUUAUGGAUGAGUUACUUUGCAGUUUCUGGUCCCGGUCACGUUCAAACGUUUUUAGACUCGGUCCACGAGCAGAUGCUCGGGCCGGCAGUCAGCAUCGGACAAAUGGCCGGGGACAUUUUAAAACGAGAUGCAAUUAUUACUUCCGAGCAAAUCUAAAUGAGGAGAUAAUGCGGAGCGCGGCGGGACAGACUGGCGGGGAAUGUAAAGAUGGAAGAUGAAGCUAUUAUUUUCGAAAUUUAGUGAGUGCCAUUUGGUCAGUGAUGAGGGAAAUCAUUUGGGAGUCUUUUUUUUUUUUUUUUUUUAACUUGUGACAAAGUUCUCAGCUUGGAUGUGGUGUCCAAGAAAGAUGCUAAAUAAAAAGACCAGGUCCUUAUUUGGACCGAUUUCUGCACCGUAAUUGUUCGGCAUCAUGUUGGACUAUUUCCUGUCAUCGUUUGAGUGUCACACAUUGUUCCAAUAUUUGGGUACGCGUCUCAUGCUUGAGAUAUUGAGGGAACAAAGCAACUGGGCGGACAUUGAUUUGCACAACACAUUGCAGAAAGAUGUCGAGCAAAUGCUUUUGGGAAAGUGCAACGUCAAACAAGAGGAACUGAAAGGAGAUGAAAAGAAAGACACGUAUGCGAUGGUCUGUUUUGAAUCAUGUGACUGUUAGCGGUGAAUCAUUGUAGGUUUUUUUUAUUUUAAGCUGUCUCAGGAAAACGUGUGUGGUAUGCGUUGAUAUUUGUGGGAGUGAAAUACCAAACAUUCUAUUGAGUUUGAAUAAAAAGGGACCAAAU